AUGACUGACUGCUGCGCUGCAGCCAACUGUGGCUAUCGCCGAGGAGAGGGCCAGGACACCCCGCUCUUUAGUUUCCCCCUGGACACUGAUCGCUGUAAUCUAUGGUUGACAAAUUGCCAUCGCCAAGAUUUGGCAUCAGAGCCGCCAGACCACCUGCACAAGACUUUCAAACUCUGUGCAAAGCACUUUGAGCCUGCAAUGAUCUCUCAUCAGGAUGAUUCUUCAAUUGUACUAAACGAAGAUGCUGUUCCAACUAUAUUUGACCUCACUGUGCCAGUCAACAGAAAGCGGGCUGGAGACCAGUCUGAAGAGGACCAAACCUCUAAAAAGAAAUCAAGAGAAAUUGCUGAGACACCCGAUGGAAAUACUUUCUAUGAAGAACUGGGUUGUUGGGAAGUUAAGUGGAGACAUGCAAGCAAGCGUAGAAUCCUUCCCACUACCGUGUUUGCCACACUUAAGAUCCCUGACAUCGGCUUCUAUCCAAACGUCCAGAAUCUGCUCAGGGUGUUGGGUACUGUCCCAUGUGUAAAUACUGAAGCAGAUGUUUACGGCCAAUACCACAUGGUGCAGGAGAGGUGCCAAGUCUACCUGCAAACUACACCAGAGGCCCAAAGACAUUGCAGCAAAGCAUUCAUCUAUGUGAACCAAGACGUGCAGUUCAAUGCAGAGAAAAUGGUAGAUGUGUUUGUUCAAAAGCAUCCGGACAUCCUGCAGCUGCUGCAAAUGGAUGACGAUGCAAAAGAAAAGAUUCUACCUGUUGAAAACCAGGUAAACCAUGCUGAAAAAGACACAGAGGAGGAAUUGAAGAUCAUUAACCUGGAGAUGGAUGCUGAUAGACUUGUGGAGAUGAAGUGUGCGGAGACUGACCGGGAAGCUCUGAAGUCUGCUCUGCAGUCUGCAGUGGUGGUCGCGUACAGCAGCCAAAACGGAGACCACCCAGAGGCCCCCCCUGCUCUGCAAGGAGAGACUGAAUAUGUCACAAAUACAGCUCUGGAGGACUGUGGGGUUGUGAUGCGCCACAAGAGGUUUCUGGAAUACCUGAGGACAACGGACCCCGCGGACAGAUCCCCAUGCCUCGCACUCCUCCAAGUGAGCUCAGACUUCAGCCGAGACCUGGAUCGCAUGGUUACCCAGUGUCUAAAGUCUACACCUCAGGCUUUAGAGGGCAUCUGUUUGGAGAGGGAGUCAAAGUGCUUCAACAAAAACAUUGACGUUAAAACAGAUGUUGAAGUUGUAAAAGUGGAACCAGAUGAAAUGCAUCUUGAUCAGCUUGUCAACAAGCCUGAAGAUCAGGAAAUGAAAGCUGCCGAGGAGAAUGUCUUGUCUUUGCUGCCCUCAUGCAACCCACAGCCCAUUCUGGCAGGGUCCACAAACCAUCCAUUCAGCCUGUUUGUCAGAGGACUUCCCGAGCCAGAAGCAGCAGAACAUGAGAUCGAUGCCUGGUCUGCUGUUUGGAGAGAGAAGUAUCAGGAUAUUGCCCCUCCAACAUCUAUCGCUGAAACACUAUCUCAUGUAGAAUCCCAAAACCAUCCCACUGUGACCCUCCUGCUCAGGCAAGUUGCUGUUCUGCCCAGUGUCAGUAUGGAAUUUGACCUGAUGAAGACCACUCUGAACUCUAUUCGAGAAGUCUUUACAAACACAGUCUGCAAAGGCAGCAAAGUCGAUCACAUGAUGCUCCUCUCUCAUGCCGCAACGUUGCAGAGACUUCCGGAGCUGAUCGAAAAGUGUGUAGAACUCAACCCUGAGAGUCAACCGUGUCUUUCAAAGGUCAUGUCAACAAUACCGAAGCUUCAUGUGGAAAGCGACAUUGUUCAAAUGGAGAUUGUGAUGGAAGAAAUAAAUUGCCUCAUUGCACCGGUGGAGCCGCUAUCUGAUACAAAGCCCACUGAAGACCCAAGGAAUGCAGUGUCUUUCUAUGACCCUCAACAACGUGAACAAAUCUGCAAAGAACUGGAGGACUGUCAGUUCUUCACUGUUAUAACAGAGGAAGAAAGCGGCAAGCCGAAAGUUGCGUGUGAGAUCAGUGGCCUGGACUUGGCUGGAGCUGUCCGCCUCACGCCCCCAUGGCCUCAUCACCGCUGCCUCCUCACCAACACCUCCUUAGACGUUUGUCGUACACUUUCGUUCCCCUUCGAGACUCCGCAAAGAGCCACCUGUAGAAUGAAGAGUGACUUAGCCCUCACCAUGCGGAGCUGCUCCCCUGCCCUGCGGUUUGGGGUGUUUACUGCCCUGCUGCUGUCUCAGGUGUGCUCUGGCAUCAAGUGGCUUGCGAUCUCGCACGCUCCAACAUCUUUACAUAUCAACCAGACACAGCAUUGUAAAGUGCUGCCUGGCCUGGUGUCUUCUCAAGCCCAGCUGUGCCGCAGUAACUUGGAGCUCAUGCAGACGAUCGUCCAAGCGGCCCGCGAGGUCAAGAAAACCUGUCAAAAGACGUUUGCUGAUAUGCGGUGGAACUGCUCAUCUAUAGAUAUCCCUGCAGACGCAUCCAAGUACCGGCCAGACCUGGACAGAGGAACGAGAGAGGCUGCCUUUGUGUACGCCUUGUCUGCAGCUACAAUAAGUCACACCAUUGCACGAGCAUGUACAUCAGGUGACCUUCGCCUGUGCUCGUGUGGGCCAAUACCAGCGGAGAUCCCAGAGCCGGGCUAUCGCUGGGGCGGCUGUGCGGACAACUUGCACUAUGGUCUGGUCAUGGGGUCCAAAUUCUCUGAUGCUCCCAUGAAAAUGAAGAGGCCAGGCUCCCAUGCCAACAAGCUUAUGCAUCUGCACAAUAGUGAAGUUGGAAGAAAGGCCUUGAAAGAUGCGCUGGUGAUGAAGUGCAAAUGCCACGGUGUGUCAGGCUCAUGCUCCAUAAGAACCUGCUGGAGAGGCUUGCAGGACCUGAGAGAGAUCGCUAUGGACCUAAAGACCAAGUACUUGUCUGCCACCAAAGUAGUGCCCAGGCCAGUGGGGACACGCAAGCAGCUCGUGCCCAAAGACAUCGACAUCCGGCCAGUGAGGGAGAACGAGCUGGUAUAUCUGCAAAGCUCUCCAGACUUCUGUACCAAGAAUGACAAACAAGGAUCUGUGGGCACUCAGGACAGGCAGUGCAACAAGACGUCUGUGGGGAGUGACAGUUGUGAUCUGAUGUGCUGUGGCCGUGGCUACAACCCGUACACAGAGAAGCUGGUGGAGCGCUGCCACUGCAAGUACCACUGGUGUUGCUACGUUACCUGUAAGAAGUGUGAGCGCAUUGUGGAGCGAUACGUGUGCAAAUGA